AUGGCCGACACUGGCCCAGACUUGCGCGAUUCCCCUACUAGUAGUACCUCGUCCUCGCUCAGCCAUGCCUCGGCAUGGGGGGACGCAUGGGCUAACGACUCGGGCCAAUGUACCGAUUAUUCAACAGUAUUUCCCGGGGAGUGGAAAUCUGAAGACGCGGCCGCCCUCCGGGGAUUGGGGUGGGCAUCCAGAAGUCUAGAGGUAGCCCAGCGGGUUUUCAAUCCUGCUAGCGUCCCGUACUGGACGAGACAGGACUGGGAUCCGAAUUACGAGCACUCGGUAGACGGGACAAAACGGAGGCGCACUAGGGGCGAUAUAUGGCAUCGCCUACGGCCUGCGAUACUCCCGCGCGACAGUAAUAUACCUCGGACAGAUUACACCAGACGAUGGGGCAUCAAUCCAGCUUUCCCAAACACCGCCGAAGGCCUGGCCCGGUCCGGCUUGUCACCGAUCACUGCCGCUCCGGCCGCAGACGGGCCAAGGAAGUGGACACACGAAGAGAGUUGGCAGAAAUGGUGGUUCGUUGGUUUUACGAGUCAGGAGUUGAUUGAUACUGGUGCGUACGCUCCAGAUUGGGACGAUCCAAAUGGCUCGGAUUCAUUGUCACAGCGCCCCGACGAUGUUCUACACCCCCUGUUCGAACGCAGCAGAUGGGAACAGCCAAGGACGAGGGACGGCUUAGGAGGCAGCAGCAGGACCAUGAACUUCGACCUGAUAUAUGAUCUCAAUGGGAGGCAGGGCAGAUAUGAUGCAGAGACGGAUGAUCGUGUAUGGGCAGCCUUAAGACCUUCCAUGCAAUUGGCUACCAUGGUGAUAAACUCGGGACACCCUACCUUCAAUAUGUUCUUGGAGGGCUUUUAUCACAUGCGCAGAGUACCGAUGGACAGGGACGGCCGCACCGACGAGGAGAAGCAGAACCCCCUCUACCGCCAGUUCCGGGCCUUGUGGCAUGAAAUUGAUGAACGUGAAAUGUAUGACCAUGCCAGGGAAUUGAGGCGUCUUGGUUUCGACGCCCGAGGGGCGACUUUGGCACACCUUCAGAGUCCGCCACUUGUGGGGCAUAAUCAAACAGUAUUGGAUUUUUUCGCCACGGCGGGGAAAAUCCUGAUGAAUCAAAAUCAACAUCUUAUCCAAUCUUGGUUACAUAGGACCUGCUUCGACAUGGUAGGGGCAAAAGUCAUGAGACUGAGGCUACACUACGAGAGGAAAACAUGGGAAGACAAGUACGAUGGAAUCAUGACCAAGUGUAUUCAGGUCCGGAAUGAAAGCUAUUCAGCCAGACGCAACAUCGCUAAUGAGGUUGCCGGUUUGCCAACGGGUAAUGAUCCUCACACCCAUCUGAACAACUUGAUUCGACAGGAAAUACCGGAACUCCACAGACUCAUGGAUCACGAGAGCCGAUACUGCCAGGCCAUAGCAGCUGAGUACUUCCUCAAAGACCUUGACGGCCGCAACCUGGUCCGCCGGUCAAUGCACGCCCUACUCCGACACCUCCAAACCAUUCUCUCCCACUUUGACGACGCCCUACAAGAAAUCUUUCUCCUGCAGUCAGACAUGGGGGACAGGCCUGGCUUCACGGAGCGGGCAGAUGAAUGUGGCACCCUGUAUCGCCUCCUCGACACGACCAAGGACGCCCUCUCCGACGUGAUCGCGAUCCUAAGCGGCAACACGCUCGAUCAAAGAGAAGGCACCCACGGGCCACUCGCCGCGGUCCCCACCUGCUCGCGCGAGAUUAGCAACGGCAGAAAUUUGCGCAUAGCCGCUUUGAGGGAGUUCGCAAUGAUCGAGGACCCCCGCCUCAAGCGUCUCAUCCAGACUUUCAUCAACAUUCUCAAUUUUACCCAGGACAUCAGGCUGGACGACCCGAGCGCCGAGGACUACGUCGUUGGCGGGGGCACCAUAGCUGAGCUGAAACGGGCCACGGACCAGGCGACCGCCGACGCCCUGGCGAUUUCUCUUCUCGACCGGGUGGAUAUGGCACGGACGGCAAGGGAGGCCGGGACGGCGCCGGAGGAGGGGGAGGAGGCGGCCAUUGCGGAGAUAGGACGGGCGUUGGCCAAUCUUGAGGUAUCUUCGGGUAUUCCUGACUUGUACGCUGCGUUUUCAGAAGAUGAGAGGAACCGGAUCCAGCAGGCGAUGAGACCGAAUCCUUGA